UAUCUUAGCACUUGACCUACCAAUGGCUACCAAGUAAAGGCCGCUGUGGCGCUGCCUAAGUUGACUGACUCUUUUUAUGACACCUGUCAGAGUAACACCUAAAUCCAAAACCGCAAGUCCGCAACCUUUUUAUUCCUCAACAUUGAACAAAAUUAGUAAAAUACAUAUAGCAGCUAAUCCAGCUUACUCCUUACAAUAAGUCAUUUGCUGUUCUUGCUUUAAAAUAAAGUUUCGAUAUUUGCUUGUUAACAUUUAAAGCUUACUCUGUAUUUGCUUGUUAACAUUUAAAGCUUACUCUGUAUUUGCUUUUGUUUGUGGGUGAUUGUCUAUCGUCUUUGAACUCUUCAUUUAGUCAUAUUGAGGUUGCACACCAGGUGUUCGACAAAAUGCCUGAAUGACCAGUAUGCCAAAGUCUGUUACUUUCGAGUCUGAUUCACCAGCAUUACCAUUUAGUUUAUUAAUCCUCUUGUUAAUCAGGUUUUAUAUCAUUAAAUGGCUCUCUUAUCGGCUAAAAUUAUUAGAAUUCGUCAACAUAUUUGCACCCCAUUUGUCAGAUUAUCUUCCUUGUAUACGACAAUUCUCCAGAAACCACUUGAAGAAUCCAUGAAAAUAGCUGUUUCCAACAAAACCUAUGAACAAAUUCCAGACCUUGUGACAUCCUCUGAAGAAUCCUGCAAGAAACAAAACCCGUUUUCAUUUCUUUCUACAUUCAAAUUGAGUGAUAGAACUAAAAUAGUUGAUGAAAUGUUACAGUCAUUCAUACCUCUUAGACCCCAUUUCCACCUUAAAACUACUUAUCACUAUCUGUUAUGUUACACCCUUCAGAGCUCCCACCCUUUUCCUCUUGCUCUUGCGACCCUCCAACGUAUGCUUCGUUCUGGCUGUACCCCUGUACCUCAGACUCACCUGUCUCUGUCCAUUGCUUGGGUUCAUCAGCAACAGCAAUGUGAGUCAGUGGGCAGCGUUCUUUUAGGCAUGAAAUCGAUUGGGUAUCGCCCCGAUUGUGGAACUUGUAACUUUAUUAUCAAGUCUCUUUGUGCUGUUGAUCAGUUGGAAGAGGCUGUUGAGGUGCUUAGGGGGAUGGUUGAGGUCGGAUGUAUUCCUGAUGCUGAGAGUUACUGUACUAUUAUAGCUGCAUUCUGUGAGUUCCGAAAGACGGAUAAGGCUUUGGCGAUGAUGAAGGAAAUGGUGAAAGUAAACUUGUCCCCAAGGGAAGGAACGUUGGUGAAGUUAGUGGCUGCAUUACGUGCAAAUAAGGAGAUUUGGAGAGCGGCUGAGAUGACUGAGUUUCUGGUAAAAAAGGGGUUUCAUGUUGGAUUCAAGAGUUUUGAGCUUCUGCUUGAGGGUUGCUUGGAGUAUAAUGAGUUCAUUUUGGCAGGAAAGAUGGCAAUGCUGAUGACUGAGAAAGGGUAUAUACCAUAUAUUAAGGUCAGGCAGAAGGUGGUUGAGGGGUUGGCUGGAGUUGAUGAGUGGAAGCUCGCUUGUGUAGUCAGGCACAGAUUUGCCGAGUUGAACUCAUAGCUUUGUCCAAUGGAACUGAAAAAAGAGGUGAAGAGGGGCAAUGGAGAGAAGCCCUUGGAUGGUUGCAAACUUGCAACUCUUGCAAGCAAUUUACAGAACUAUUGUCGUGGACCGUGGUUAAGGGAUAUCUGAAGUUUCAGUCUGCCUUUAUUGUAGGAAUCUGCUACUACUAUACCAUCUAUUUACUCUUUUCUGGUUAAACGGGGUAACUGGCUUGCAUUGCUAUUCCACAUAGACCUGAUUUUUCUGAUGAAUCACGUUUCAUCCUGAUGUAGCCCUGUUCUCCCCAUUGAGUACCCCAUGAAUUCUUUACAAUCCAGUACUUAUUGCCUUCUUCUUCUUCU